AUGGCUAGACUGAACGAACCCCCGGUGUCUACGGACAGUCUUGAAACGCUUCGAAAGAAGCUUCUACGCCAGAACCGCGAUCUCGCCAAAUCAAACAAUGCCCGCGCUCUUCGUGUUCGAGAACUUGAGAAUGACUGCGCUUGCAUGUUGUCCGAAAACCUCGAGCUUCGGGGUCGUAUUCUAGAGCUGGAAAAGGAGCUUGAAGACAACGACUCUCGAAGAAUCGCCGACCAUGCGCUCGCAAUCAAAACCAAGUUAGAAUCUCAACUUACUGAAUGGGGUAGCCUUCUCGCUGGGCUCGGUUUGGAGCCACCCAUGAAGCGACACUCUCAACAACCAAGAAAGUCAUCAACCAAGCCAAGAUUGAGCUUCAGCUCUGCCCGACCCAGCCCUUCACAGCGACGCCUUCGGGAUAUUGCCCGCGAAAUCGAAGAGCUGGGACACAUCUCAGAGACCAAAUCGUACCCGAGACAAUCUAUGAAUCCCGAACAAAUCCUAGCACUUCGAUCAGAGGCUGAUUAUGACGAUAUGGCCGAUACAUCUCAAUCGCCUGAACUCGGCCCCCCUCCCGUCUCGCAUUUUAUCGAAGAAGAGGAAGAAGAGCCAGUCAAGGUCGACUCACCUUCCCCUUCACGUUCUGCUCCCGCUCCCGCACCUGUACAAGAAAGCCCCAAGACGAAGCUUACGCCACCCGAAACAUUCACAUCACCACAAACCGCCAAGAUGUUACCGAGACCAACUUCGCCGGAGAAGAAGCGAACAGAGGAAAUUGUCAAAACCCAACAGCCGAAAUUAAUGGAGACCAAGCCCCUGGCUACCAAGUCCAUUGAAACCAAGACCGAAGAGCCACCCAUGGAACCCCCUAUGUCCCAGCCCCAGCAAAUCAAGAUAGGAUCAAAGAGGAAGCUCGCCGCUAGAGACGAUAUGGUCACGAGUAGAUCGCAAAAGAACAACGAUGAGAAUGAGAACCCCCGGGUGGUUAGCGAGAAAGCAGGAGGCCGAACACUGAAAGAGGUUUCCGGUUUGAAGAAGGAGUCGCGGGAGAAGGCGAAUGCCACAGGUACAAGGAGACCACUAUCGGCAAAGAGCACGAACGACGAUAUGACUUCACCAAAGAAGAUUUCUAAGCCAGUCAACACGGAUGAGAUCGCUGCAGCCAAAGCUGAUCUGCUGAGAUCAAAGAUUUCACCACAUCGACCCAAAUCCAGGUCCAGAUCCUUGGCCCCUAUUGCCAUUGAGCCCAUCCAGGACCCCGAACCCACAGUCCCUACUGUUGCUGAAGUUCAGUGUGGACUUGCAACACCAUACACAGACCCAUCACUCCUCUCCCCGCACUCACCAGAUACCACCGCCUCGAAAGAUACAGGACGAGGAGGAACACCGCCACCUGCAGAUGUCAAUGCAAACCGAGAACCCGCAAGACCCAGCCGACGAAAUAGAACUGCAGUCAGCUAUGCUGAACCCAACCUUCGAGACAAGAUGCGAAGACCCACAAAGGAAUUGCUUGAUGCUGUCGCAGGAGAUGGCAGAACUGCCCGGCGUUCUAGUGUAGCUGAGCAAGCUCCAGACACAACCAAGCUCAAGCGCGAGAGUGAUGCCGAGGAUUCCUGGAAGCAAUUACCGAGCGUCAAUGCAACAAACGCAGAGAACGAGCCCGGCAGUAUCCCUGCCAGUCCCUUGGCUGGAAAGGGCUCAAGUCCUGAGGCCUCUAAGAACAUGGCAAUUCGAAGCGGUAGACGCACCUCAAUGAUGAUACAAGACUUGGUUGCAGGCAGCGAAACCUCUCAUGAAGAUGGCAGGGAUGACAUGGCAUCUGAUACAACCGGACUAAGUGAAGUUGACAUCUACGAAUUCACACCCUCGUCACCACAGUCUGAAGAACAGGGCCCUACCAGAACUAAGAAGAAGCCCGUCAGUCGGCAAACUUCACGGCGCGUCUCAUCUGCGGUUCAUGUCGAAGAAGGUUCUGGGGCUAGGGAACGUGCCUCAUCAAGGCGAAGGAGUAUGAUGUUGUAA